CAAACAUGUCUUUAGUCCGAAGGUUCCCAAGGGCUUCCUGACGUUCAAAGCUCCGAACGAUGACUUUGGAGAGCUCUGACUGCCAAGGCCCUCAGUGCGUACAAUGGCGCAAACGGUUUUGAGCGGCAGAGAUCUCAGUACGAACAGUGCUUUGCGGCCUCGUGGGCCAGCUCCUGGAGCGUUCGUGCCCGUGCUGGCCCGGGUCCAGCGCGCCGUCGGCCCGCUGGGCCCUGCGAACUGGUCGAUCACGCAGUUCACCCCUGCGUCCAUGGACGUGCAGCCUCAGAACCUCGCGGAGCGUGUCUUCACGGUGGUGGUGGUGAUUUUCGCUCUGGUGGGCUUCUCCUACAUUGUCGGCAGCAUCACGGGCUCCUUGGGGCAGCUGCGCAGCAUGCACGCGGAGGAGUCGACGCUCUUCUGGGACCUCAAGCGGUACUUGGCCAGAAACAAGGUGCCACGGGCCCUGUCCGUGCGCAUCCAGAAGUACCUGGAGCACGCGUGGCAGGCACAGCGGGAAAAGAAGUCAGGGAAGAACGUCAAGCUGGUGAGUCUGCUCUCCGAGCAGCUCCGGUCCGAGCUCAAAUUCGAGAUGGCCGUGCCGCAGAUGCGCAUUCACCCGCUGCUGGACAGCCUCAUCAACAAUUCCAAGGUGACCGUGCACCGGCUGGCCAAUGUGGCCAUAGAGCACAAGCUCCUCGCUGCAGGCGACUGCCUGUUCUACCCGAUGGAGACUGCGAACCACAUGUACAUCGUGGUGGAGGGUAAGUUCAACUAUGCAAGGCUGGACAGCUUCGGAGGCCUGCACAAGGAGCUGGUGGACAAGGCCGAGGACUGGAUCGCGGAAGCCGCCCUCUGGGCGGGGAACUGGGUACACAGAGGCCUCUGCAAGGCCAUCGAGGACAGCGACAACUUGACCAUCGACUCCAACAAGUUCGCGGAGCAAGUGAAGCUCAACCCGCAGGCGCAUGAGUUUGUCUCGAGUUAUGCGCGGAUCUUUCUCGAGUGGUUGAACAGCGAGAACCCGAACAACCUCUCGGACAUCUCCCAGGGAGAGUACGUGAGCGAGCAAUUCGCAGCCUUCAUCCCCAGCACCACCAGCUUCCGCGGGGGGGGCUCUCAGGGGCAAAGUCAGGAGUGGAGGAUAGACCCAGGAAGGGACGCAUUCACCCCCAAACGCAUGUUGAUCGCCGAUCUGGGCCCGAUAGCCCACCCCGCCCAUGACCAUGCGGCUUCGCAGUCGGGGUCGUACCGCCGAUCUAUCGGCGAUGUUUCGUCGAUUCCAGCCCGAUGUCCCCCCCUGAGCUGGGAAGGGCUCCCCUCGCCCAGAUAUCCGAUGUCUUGA